GAAUAAACUGCGAGUUGGCCGCAAAAGUUCCAGCGUAAAGAUUAACCGCUCGGUCUUCAGACGGAUCGUGGAGCUGUGUUCAAGGCUGGCUCUUCACAUGAUGGCUCCGACUAACGCCAUUCCUCAGUACCCCCCAGGAGCGGAGUGCAAAUGUCCCUUAGAGUCCGAGCUACGAGCAGUGCUGCAGCAAAGGAUCAUGGUCUUGGACGGUGGUAUGGGGACCAUGAUCCAGCAGCAUAAGCUUGAAGAGGAAGAUUUCAGGGGGGACGAGUUUAAAGAGCACCCUCUUCCACUGAAGGGCAACAAUGACCUUCUCAGUAUCACACAGCCCGGUAUCAUUUACAAAAUACACAAGGAGUACCUGCUGGCUGGUGCUGACAUCAUAGAGACCAACACAUUCAGUAGCACUUCCACCGCUCAGGCAGACUAUGGACUGGAGCACAUGGCUUAUCGUCUCAACAAGGUGUCCGCGGAGCUGGCGAGGAAGGCUGCCGACGAUGUCACCAAACAAACCGGUUGUAAACGCUAUGUGGCCGGGGCAGUGGGUCCUACUAAUAAAACCCUGUCUGUUUCCCCAUCUGUGGAGAGACCUGACUUCAGGAACAUCACAUUUGAUGCGCUCGUUGAAGCCUAUACAGAGCAGGUCAGAGGUUUAUUAGAUGGAGGCGCAGACAUCCUUCUGGUUGAAACCAUCUUUGACACUGCCAACGCUAAGGCUGCCUUAUUUGCCAUCGACCUGCUGUUUGAAAAGACCCACGAAAGAAAGCCUAUAUUUAUCUCAGGGACCAUUGUCGACCGGAGUGGACGAACUCUGUCCGGUCAGACAGGAGAGGCCUUUGUAGUGAGUGUAUCCCACGCUAAACCUCUUUGUAUUGGUCUGAACUGUGCCUUGGGGGCGACAGAGAUGAGGCCGUUCAUCGAGGCCAUCGGAAAAAGCACCUCAGCUUUCAUCAGCUGCUAUCCCAAUGCAGGUCUUCCCAACACAUUUGGAGAGUACGAUGAAACUCCACAAGUAACGGCCGUCAAUUUAAAGGAGUUUGCGAUGGAUGGGCUGGUGAACAUUGUGGGAGGCUGUUGUGGGACCACUCCAGGACACAUCAGAGCCAUAUCUGAAGCAGUCAAACACUGCAAGCCAAGAGUUCCUGCUGCUGAUAUUUAUCAAGACUACAUGCUGCUGGCAGGUUUGGAGCCAUUCCGGAUUGGCCCUUACACCAACUUUGUUAAUAUUGGCGAGCGCUGCAACGUGGCUGGCUCACGCAAGUUUGCCAAACUGAUCAUGGCAGGAAACUACGAGGAGGCUCUAAGCAUUGCGAAGGCCCAGGUGGAGAUGGGGGCCCAGGUCCUGGACAUAAACAUGGAUGAGGGGAUGCUGGAGGGGCCAACAGCUAUGGCCCGAUUUUGUAACUUCAUUGCCUCUGAGCCAGAUAUUGCGCGGGUUCCUCUGUGUAUUGACUCCUCUAACUUCUCAGUGAUUGAGGCCGGGCUGAAAUGCUGUCAGGGGAAGUGUAUAGUCAACAGUAUCAGUCUGAAGGAAGGAGAGGACGAGUUCCUGCUCAGAGCUGCCACCGUGAAGCGCUACGGAGCUGCUGUGGUGGUCAUGGCCUUCGACGAGGAGGGACAGGCCACAGAUACAGACCGUAAAGUCGAGAUCUGCACUCGGGCCUACAAGCUGCUGGUCAGCAAGGUGGGAUUUAACCCCAGUGACAUCAUCUUUGACCCCAACAUCCUCACCAUCGGUACAGGCAUGGAGGAACACAACGAGUACGCCGUCAACUUCAUCAGAGCCACCAAACUUAUCAAGGAGACAUUACCAAGAGCCAGGGUGAGUGGAGGUCUAUCCAACCUGUCCUUCUCCUUCAGAGGGAUGGAGGUCAUCAGGGAAGCCAUGCAUGGAGCGUUUCUCUACCACGCCAUCAAGGAUGGUAUGGAUAUGGGCAUAGUGAACGCUGGGAACCUGCCGGUCUACGAUGACAUAGAUAAACAGCUGCUGUUGCUGUGUGAAAACCUCAUCUGGAACAGAGAUGCUGAUGCUACAGAGAAACUACUGGCCUACGCACAGAGCAAUGCGAAAGGAGGGAAGAAGGUGGUUCAGACAGACGAGUGGAGAGAAGGAAGUGUGGAGGACAGGCUGGAGUACGCUCUCAUUAAGGGAAUAGACAAGUUUGUGGUGGAGGAUGUGGAAGAGUGUCGGGCUCAGGUCGACCGCUACUCCCGACCCCUUCACAUCAUCGAGGGCCCCCUGAUGAACGGCAUGAAGGUGGUGGGAGAUCUCUUUGGAGCUGGGAAGAUGUUCCUGCCGCAGGUGAUCAAAUCAGCUCGCGUGAUGAAGAAGGCGGUGGGCUAUUUGAUUCCUUUCAUGGAGAAGGAGAGGAAGGACAUGAUGGCAUCGUCGGAGUCAACUGAGGACGUGGAUCCCUUUCAGGGCACCAUAGUUCUGGCUACGGUGAAGGGAGACGUACAUGAUAUUGGGAAGAACAUUGUAGGUGUGGUGCUGGGUUGCAAUAACUUCAGAGUGAUCGACCUAGGUGUGAUGGUCCCCUGUGAUAAGAUCCUCCGCGAGGCCAUCAGUCAGAAAGCAGAUAUCAUUGGUUUGUCUGGUCUCAUCACCCCCUCACUGGAUGAGAUGAUCUAUGUGGCCAAAGAGAUGGAGAGACUGGGCAUUACAAUACCGCUGCUGAUUGGAGGAGCCACCACCUCAAAGACACAUACAGCAGUGAAGAUUGCCCCUCGCUACACUUGUCCUGUUGUCCAUGUUCUGGAUGCCUCCAGGAGUGUGGUGGUGUGCUCACAGCUCCUGGAUGAGGCAGUGAAGGAAGAGUACUUUGAGGACUUGAAAGAAGAGUAUGAGGAUAUCAGGCAGGAGCACUACGACUCCCUGAAGGACCGUCAGUAUCUGUCUCUUUCCCAGGCCAGAGAGAAAGCUUUACAUAUAGACUGGCUCUCUGUGCCCCGGCCGGUGCAUCCUCAGUUCCUGGGCACUCGUGUGUUUGACUGGUACGACCUGAACAGUCUGGUGGACUUCAUCGACUGGAAGCCUUUCUUUGAUGUGUGGCAGCUGAGAGGAAAAUACCCCAACAGAGGUUACCCCAAGAUCUUCAACGACAAGACUGUUGGUUUGGAGGCUCGGCGAGUAUUUGAUGAUGCACAGAAGCUGCUACACAAGAUGAUUGACAACUGCAGUCUAAAGGGGCGUGGCCUGGUGGGGUUCUGGCGUGCCCAGAGUGAUGGCGAUGACAUCAAUGUGUACAAGGAUGAUGUCACGGUGCACAGAGACACCAAGCCCAUCGCCACAUUCCAUGGCUUACGGCAACAGGUGAAGAAGGACAGCUCCAGCUCAGAGCCCUACCUGUGCGUGUCUGACUUUGUUGCCCCUGUAGACAGCGGUGUGGCAGACUACAUCGGCGUGUUCACUGUGGGUGUGUUUGGAGCUGAAGAGCUGAGUCAGCAGUUCCAGGCUCAGGGGGACGACUACAGCAGCAUCAUGGUCAAAGCGCUGGCUGACCGACUGGCUGAGGCCUUUGCCGAGGAACUCCAUGCCCGUGUGCGUAAGGAGCUGUGGGGCUACAGCUCCGACGAGGCUCUGCAGGCCGCGGACCUCCACAGAGUUCGAUAUCAGGGGAUCAGACCCGCAGCCGGCUACCCCAGCCAGCCUGACCACACAGAGAAGUCCACCAUGUGGAGCCUGGCUGGCAUCCAGGAGAAGACCGGCAUUGGUCUGACAGAGUCUCUGGCCAUGACGCCUGCUGCCUCCGUGUCUGGACUCUAUUUCUCCAACCCUCAGGCCUCAUACUUUGCUGUGGGAAAGAUCACCAAGGAACAGGUGGAGGACUAUUCUGGGAGGAAGAAGAUGAGUGUGGAGGAGGUGGAGAGAUGGCUGGCUCCUGUGCUGGGUUAUGACAGCGAGGCGUAGCGUGUGACUGGACCACGCAGGGAUCGGACCAGGUUUACAGUCCCAGCAUUCCUCUGGAGCUCACAGAGGCCGUGACUGCAGCUGCUCAUACAGGGAUUCACUGACAGCUCAUUUACUUUUCUUAAAGCACACCAGACAUUAUCAUUUUAACUGUGAGUCACAAACAAUGGGGUUUUUUUCUGUGCCAACAAGUGACUGUGUUUUCAUAUUAUAGAAUGAUUUCAAAUGUUUUAAAUAUUUCAAAAUAUUUUUCCAUUUCCUAAAACAAUUCAAACAUGUUAUCUUAAUGAGAUAGUUCAACAAAAUGUGCUUAUUUGUUUUCUUUCCGGGAAUGAAAUGAAGAGAUUAGUAUCUGUCUCAUUUCGUGUGUGAAGUACAGAGCUCGAGUCAGGAUGUGGUUAGCCUAGCUUUGCUUAAAGAAUGGAGGCAGGGGGAAACAGAUAGCCUGUCUCAGCCAGAGUUAAAAACACACCCACCAACAGCUCUGCAGCUCAAUGAUUAACAUGCUUUGUCUUAUAGAAAUGCUGAUAAACAGCAGUUCAUCAUCCGCCUAAUACUGCCGUGUAGCAUCUCUGCCUGUAGCAUAAUGGAUGGAAACCUGUGCUGGUUGUGGUCUCUGUGCAGACACAAUGGCACCACACUUGGUCUCCAUGAACAGUCACUGCACCUGCCUGUGACUUUGUGUUAGUUAGUGGGCUUUAGAGGUGUUGGUAGAUGUUCUUUUGAAUUUGGUAAAGAACCAGGCGAGUUGUUUCCCAUUGCUCCCAGUUUUUAUGCUAAGCUAGGAUAACCACAUCCUGAUGCCAGCUCCGUAAUCAGCACCCAGACAUCAGAUUGAUAGCUGUCUUUCUACCUCACAGAGACAGAAAGAAAUAAACAUUGCAUAAAUUUUCAAUUAUUUAUUUUACACAAACAGCUGUAGAAGAAAUUUACUCAGUAAAAGGACGACAACAAAUGAUUGUGAUUAAAAUGAGGACAUAGCUGAUGAUAUGUGACACUUUUUAAUUACAGUUUUGUACUUGGUGGUACAGACCAAUUCAUUUGCCAAAAAUACUGAGGUUAGCAGCCCAAAUUAUUAAUAACAUUAAAAUCCAACAUGUAUAAAAGCAAACUAAUUACACUACAACCACACUGUAAACCCUGAACACUAAUGUGGUUUAUUCUAAGGUUAUAAAGGUUCUUACAUUCCACAUAUGUUUUAAAUAAAUUAACACAUUUAAGUAAAUAUUUUAGCCUUAUCAACAGUUGCAUGGAGGUUGGAGUGUACCUGCUUGAUCGUUAACACAUGUUCAGUGGUAUACUAAUGCUGAUUGCUGAAAAGCCACAUUUAAAAAUGAUUUAAAAUGGGUUAACUUUUGCAAAUAGUUACCAAAGUACCAUUGAUUACAACAAUAAUGAUAAAAGCAUUUCAGUUUUCCAAGUCAUGAUCAUUAACAAUAAUCUACAAAAGGAUUUUUCCCUGCUUUCCUUUCUGCAGUUUCAUAUUCCACUGUGCCGCCUUCUGUGCAGCUAACCCUGAAGAUGUCUGUGCAGCCAGUAUGCCACCCUACAAAUAAAGCAGUUCAAUCCACACAGCAGGAGCUCUUAUUGGUCAACAGCAUUUUCAGGGCCCCUGUGUCUGAACCCUCUUGUUUGUGGGUGUAGUAUUUGGUGGCACAUUGCUGCAUUGCUUUAAACUAUAGUGCAAAGGUAACAAAAUAUUAACAAUAAAACAGGAGACAAAUAAUUUUAGAAGCCUUUUAAAAAGCAACUUAACACCCCUGAAACAUUGUUUUUUUGCGGACCUUUAGUUGAACUUCUCACCUCGCUGCAGUGAUGUACAGGUUGUCUCCAGGACUCUAACAUCGCUGUUGACAGGUGAUGUCAGUUCAUUCAAACUUUCACCACAGACAUUUCACCUUGAUGCAGUGUCCUUUGCAACUUCAACGAGAGAUUAUUUGAAUCUCAGGUUCCAGUGUUUUCUUGGCUGGUUUGUUGAUAAUUGCUGAUCAUUCAUUCUGUAGUUUCUGAGGACAUUGCAGAAGUCUUUGUCCAGUCUGUGAGGUUUUGUAAAUGUUUUCCAAAUGUCACUAUAGUGACUUAAGAAUGUGAAGAAUCUGUAAAUUAGGACACAUUUAUUGAUACAUAUGAUUUUUGAACAUCAAUUACAUUUACUUAUCUUCAAGUCUUAUCUUCAGAUGAUUGAAGUACAUCGAGGUACGACUACUUCUCUGUCAACAUCCAGGUACUAUCAGUAUUGUGUGUGUACUACACAACUUGUGUGCUCAUUCCAUGAUUCCAUGAUCCUAGACAAUCUCCAUGUCAGCGGACGACCAGGUUGCAGUUGAAAUGAGGUUUCUGUAAGAUGCUGAAGCUCACAUGUGUCUUAAAAGCCCUGAUGUGCUGCAGUGGCUGAUCUCAGUUCAUAUGAAACUCCACUUUCUAUUUUAUUUUCUUACACUGAAAAAAAAAAACUGGAUAAAUGAAUAGAUGACGGUGGCACUGCAAACACUGUAAAACAGGAGUGAUAUAACUACUAUUUUGUUCAAAAUAAAUGA